AUGUCUGAAGAAUGUCAUCCAAAGCGAUCUGCGGAAAUUGAGAAUCAUGAUUCUGGUGUUAAAAGGGCUAAAAUUGUGACCUCUGAGGGUAUUAAAGAGGCAGAUGUGGGUAUCACAUAUUUUCUGUCACAUGAUCAGCCGGGGUUUAAAGGUCAAAUAAAGCAAAGGUAUUCAGACUUCUUGGUCAAUGAGAUAUCUAAUGAUGGAUCUGUUGUUUAUUUAGUUGAUAAUGGGUUUAAGUUGGCAAAGAAAGAAAAACUUUCUUCUGAUGCGUUGAAGGAACAGCAGAAGGCAGAAGCCAUUAAGAGACAAGAAUUCAAAAUUGAAGAUGAAGUAAGAAGUCAAUUGGUAGAGCUAUUGGGAGAGGAGGAUGUUACUAAGAUUGAAGAAGUAUAUCGAACUGGUACCAAGAUGGAGACUAUUAAGAGUUUUGAAGAUAAGGCUACAAGAACGAGGAUUCAUCAGCUGCUUCGUAAAGCGUUUAAUAAUGAGUUGGAAUCGGUUACUUCUGGUUGUAACACGUUGAACAUCGCUUUGUCUCAUAGAAAUUCUCGUGUUAACAAGGAGCAAUUAAAUGAACAGACUAAGGAUGCAAAUGGGGUUGUGAACUGGGGCUAUGGUCCAGCUAAGAACUAUAUCCACUUUACUGUCUAUAAGGAAAACAAAGAUACUAUGGACGUUGUAAAUACAAUUGCUAAGUUUCUAAGAGUCCCAACAAGAACAAUUAGGUAUUCUGGCACUAAAGAUCGUAGAGCAGUUACUUGUCAAAGACUUUGUAUUUCCAAGUUAGGGUUGGAUAGAUUGAACUCGCUAAAUAGGACAUUGAAAGGGAUCACUGUUGGUGGGUUCAAAUUUGAAGACCAACCAUUGAAUUUGGGAGAUCUUAAAGGAAAUGAGUUUGUAAUUGUGAUAAGGGACGUAGUUGUUGACGAAAAUAGUUCCAUGCAAGUGAAAGAUAUUUUGGAAGCCGGUUGUUCAUCCUUAAUUGAUAAAGGUUUUAUCAAUUAUUUCGGUAUGCAAAGGUUUGGAACUUUCAGUGUGUCGACACAUGAGAUUGGUAGGGAGUUAUUGGUUGAAAACUGGAAACGUGCAGCGGAAUUGAUUUUGGCAGAGCAAGAAAACGUUUUACCAAAAUCCAAAGAGGCUAGAAAAAUCUGGGCUCAGGAAAAGGACCCUAAAGCUGCUUUGGCUGCUAUGCCUCGCCAAUGCUUGGCCGAAAAUUCUAUAUUGCAUGCGUUAACAAAUCAAUCUGCUGAUGAAAAUGGUGAUUAUUCAGAAGCGGCGUAUUAUACUGCAGUGAUGAAAAUUCCAAGGAACUUGAGAACAAUGUAUGUACAUGCGUAUCAAAGCUACGUCUGGAACACUAUUGUUAGCAAGCGAAUUGAACUCUACGGUUUGAAUGUUGUCGUUGGUGAUUUAGUUCUAGAUAAUUCUGUUCAGGAAACACCUCUGGCUUCUAACAGCGAAGAUGAACUUGAAACUGAGUUUUCGGAGGACCUAAGGGAGUCUCAAUUUGUUAGGGCUAAGGCUCUUACCCAGGAGGAUGUCGAUUCGGGGAAUUAUGCAAUUGAUGAUGUUGUAUUGCCUACCCCAGGUUUUGAUGUUUUAUACCCUACGAAUGAAACUUUGCGCAACUUAUAUUCCGAUAUUAUGGCAAAGGAUAACUUGGACCCAGAUAAUAUGAGAAGAAAAGUACGGGACUUUUCACUUUCAGGGUCUUACAGACACAUUAUUCAAAAACCUGAGAAUGUUGAUUAUCGUGUCGUAAAGUAUAGCGAGGAUACCCAGCAGUUAAUCAACACUGACUUUGAGAUUUUGCUCAACAAGAGAGCCAGGGACAAUGGUAGAAACUACAUGAAGGAUAAGCUAGAUAGAUUUGUUCCAGAAAAAGGAGGACAAAAGGUCGCUGUUAUCUUGAAAUUCAAAUUGGGAGUCUCUGCUUAUGCUACUAUGGCAUUACGUGAAUUGAUGAAACUCGAAACUUCACGCCGUGGUGACAUGUGUAGUGUCAAAUAUUAA